UUAGGCAACAGAAGAUACGUCUCCUGCUCACCAAUCUCAUCGCCGUCUUCUCUCGCUCUCCUCUCAACCAAAACUCGAUCUCCACUCCCCUUCUUCCUCCUCACUCUCAAACCCCUAAUCUUCUCCUCCAGAAUCCCCGAUCUUCCUUCUUCCCUUUUCGCUUCCCGGCGACCUCGCGAUUUCAUCAACAGGAGGGAUGAGUUCGUCGACUGUGCGCGGACAGGCUGGAACCGGAAGAUCAGACCGGAGUACGGGUUCGAUGACGAGGAUUACGAAGACGAGCACGAAGAGGAGGAGGAAGAAGAUAGAAGCUUGGAUCUUUUACUUAGGUUCGUGGAGAAUGUCUUUAGAAAAGUCUCCAAGAGAGCGAGGAGAGCCGUCCGAUCAAUCUUGCCUGUUUCCAUCUCCACCAAGCUGGUGGGUUUCUCAGUGAAUGGCGUACUUAUGCUUGCGUUUUUGUGGAUCUUGAAGGCCUUUCUCGAGGUAGCUUGUACACUUGGGACUAUUGUAUUUUCGAGCAUUCUGCUUAAAUACAAUAUCUUCUUGAUGUUUAAAUCUUAAACCAGGUUUGGUUCCUUUUGUUGUUCUUACAAGGUAUCUAGCUCCAGAGUACUUUAUGCAUGAGAUUGUUGAUGAGAAGACGAAUGUGUUUGCGUUUGGAGUGUUGCUUUUGGAGAUUAUAACUGGCCUUCGAGCUGUUGAUACAGCAAGCCGGCAAAGUAUAGUUAUGUGGGUAAUGAUCUUAAAACUUUGUAAAAGCAUUUUCCAUUUUCAUCAUCAAAGUCGAGUGAUCUUAAUGUGAAUGGUAUAAAGAAGUUGUAUAAGCUGACACUUAUUCUCAAACUUGCAUUGUGAAGAUAUACCAAAGCUUAUUCUUAUUGA